AUGCACAUUCACAUAUUUGAGGCGGCGAAGGAGUGGCUGGAGAGCAAGCACGGGUUUACCGUGGUCGGCGGCUGGAUGUCGCCCUCUCACGACAGCUACGUCCUGGCCAAGCUCGAGUUUGCGCGAUCGCCUCCGAUCAACGCCGCUCAUCGUGUGGCCAUGUGUCGCGCUGGGUUGGCGAGUUCGUCGUGGGUCGAGGUUUCAUCGUGGGAAGCCACCACUGACCAGGGAUUCCUCGACUUCCCCGACGUGAUGCAGUUCCACUACGACUACCUCCACGAGCACUUGGGUGAACACGCAGAGGACAUCACCCUGAUAUGUGGACCCGUGUUUGGGGUCGAGCUCUACGACGGGAAGCUGGCGCCGGUGGUGGCGGUGGGCCGGCCGGGCUACACAGAGGCUCUGCGCACCAUGGUCCAGUCGUCCAUCCGGCAGGCCGAGAAGCAAGGCCUCCCUGCCUCCAGAGACAUGCUCUACAUCGUGUCCAACGAGACCCUGGCCUUCUCAUCGACCAAGGUGCGGGAGCUGCUGGAGCGCGGUGAGUCGGUGGCGGAGCUGUGCGGCGAAGAGGUCGAGGCCUACCUCCAGCACCACGACCUCCACAAGGCCUUCUUCAAGUAG